AUGGAGGAGUUAACCUAUUCGGUGCUUGUAGAUGGUAUAUGCAAGAAGAUUGGGUUGAAUGACAGUAUGAGGAAUCUGAAAUUGAGCUAUAUUCCGUUGGUAGCUAAGCCUUUUAGAGAGUCAUGUAUUGUUGAUGAUGGUGAUGUUUAUGUGUAUCUUACGACAGUGGAUAAAGAGGGACUUAGAGCCAUUUUGAAUGUGGAGCUAAUGGAAGAUAUAGAGAGUGAAGAGCUUCCCAGAGCAGAAGACGCCCCUGAUAUUGAGGGACAACAGGGACAACAAAGAGACCAGUUGAUUGUUUACAACCCGGAAGAAGCAGAGGGACAACAGGGACAACCAGAGAGGAUGGACAAUGUUGAUUUAAAGGUAAGCUGUGAAAUUGAGGGACAACAGGGACAAACUGAGAGGAUGGAGAAUGUUGAUUUACGGGUAAGCUGUGAAAUUGCGUUACCAGAGGAGAAUGCGGAGUGUGGCAUGCAUGAAGAUGUAGAUGAACAUGAUCAUGUUGAGCCUCUACGGCCUGUGGAACAAACUCGGUUUGUUCUAGAAUGGGAGGAUGGAGCUGGGUUUGAAAAAGGUCAAGAAUUUCGAUCCAAGGAGGCUUUGCGCGUUUUGGUCGACAGAGCUUCACAUAAGGGCUGUUUUGAGGUAAAAACGGUAAAGUCAGAUACAGGGCGACUCAUACUAAGAUGCCGGCAAGCUGAACUUGGUUGUACAUGGUAUCUACACGCCGUACGAAUUGUGGAUUCUACGUAUUUCAGUAUUAGGGUGUAUAGGAAUAUCCAUACCUGCUCUCGGGUUGUUUCGAGCACAAUUCGGAAUAAAAGGAAAGGCACACCACAAGUAGUAGCAGAUGUUUUGCGUGGGUGCUAUCCAGGAGAAGUAGACACCCCUGCGCCCAAAGCUUUGAUUAAAGUUGUUCAAAAUGAAGCUCACGUGAAUGUGUCAUACUCUACAGCCUUGAGAGGGAAAAAACUAGCUAUUAGUGAAGUGAGGGGCAGUCCAGAAGAAAGCUAUCGAAAGUUGUAUUGUUAUCUUUACAUGUUACAGCUUGUUAAUCCUGGGACAAUAACCAGUGUGAAACUGGAUGCCAAAAAUAAGUUUAAGUAUCUCUUUGUCGCUUUGGGCGCUAGUAUUGAAGGCUUUAGAGCAAUGAGGAAAGUCAUAGUUGUGGAUGCGACCUUUCUUAAGAGUGUGUACGGUGGUAUGCUAGUAUUUGCCACAGCGCAGGAUCCUAAUCAUCACCAUUAUCCAAUUGCAAUGGGUGUUAUUGAUAGUGAGAAAGAUGCUAGUUGGAAGUGGUUUUUUGAAACACUCAAAACUGUUAUACCUGAUGAUAAGGAACUGGUUUUUAUGAGUGACAGACAUAAGAGCAUCAUUGGAGCAGUGAAGGAGGUGUACCCUCAGUCUCAGCAUGGAUAUUGCAUUUGGCAUUUGUCGCAAAACAUGAGAGGGAAAGCUGGGAUUGGCUGCAAAGAUUUGUGUGCAGUAAAAUUCAGAGAAUGCGCUCACAAAUACACUGAAAAUGAGUUCCUAUGUGCGUACACUGAUUUUAGGAUAUGGUUUCCAAAAGCUGCUGAGUAUUUAGAUGAGCAUGUUGCGGUUGAUAAAUGGGCAAGGUGCUUCUUUAAAGGAGACAAGUACAACUUGGACACAAACAAUGCAUGUGAGUCUAUGAAUAGUGUCUUCAAGAAGGCAAGGAAGUAUGCCUUAUUACCGUUGAUUGAUGCAUAUGUUGAAAAAAUCUCUGAAUGGUUCAACAAGCAUAGGAAAGACACUGCAUAUGCAUCAGAUUCGAAGACAUUGGUGCCCUAUGUUGAGAACCAAUUGCAUAGUCUAUGUGCAAUUGGUACAAGAUUAUUUGUCACUGAGCUUAACGCUACUCAUCUGGAAUACAGUGUGAUUGGAGAUGAUGGGAAGAGUUAUCUGGUCGAUUUGUUAAGUAAAUGUUGUAGCUGUAGGCGUUUUGAUAUAGACAAGAUUCCCUGUGUUCAUGCAAUAGCCGCUGACAUUGCAAUGAUGCGUUCGGCUGAGAGAAGAAGAGAAAUCCACUUACAUGAAUUGUGCUCAAAAUAUUACCACAUUGAUACUUGGGCCCUGGCUUAUUACAGGACUAUUUAUAUGGUGCCACAUCAGUCUACAUGGAUUAUCCCUGAUGAAAUCCAGAAGUUAGUCGUUUUACCACCGGACUACACUAAGAAACGUGGAAGAAAGCGAGAUAAGCGCUAUCCCUCUACCGGAGAAGCUCGCCGUAAAGGAUGUAACAAGUCACAACCGGGAAUACAUCUCGGACAUUGGUACAACUAA